AUGGAUCUCCCGGCCGCACCGACACCGCCGUCUGGUGGCAAUAAUGCGUCAGAUCGCACCGCUAGUUUGCUAAAUCUUCUCAAGUUCAGCGGCGGCGUCUCGGGAACAAACUCGCAGAAGCCGCUUGAAAAAGAACAGCCGCAUCAGAAGCAGCCUAGUCUACCCCAGAACCCGGCAGCUGCUCGUCUUCACCAGCCUGCACCAGCUGGCGCCGAUCCUAGUGGCCUGCUCGCCGCCCUGAUUAGAGGAAAUACCGAAAAUGAGGAAGCGACCCCGAGCCAGCCACCGCCAGCUGCGGCCCAGCCUUCGAAUCCGUACGGUAAUGGCUCCCCUCCGGCGGAUACUCGAUCAUAUCUGUUGAAUCUGCUCAAUCGUCCCAAGCCUAGCCAGACGGAUCAGCCUCUGCUGACCGAGCCUGCGCAAGGUUCGGCACAGUCACCACCAGGCAGUGAAAAGCCUAAUGAUGUGUACUAUGAGCAGCAGCAGCCGCACAGUCAGAUACAGGCGCACAAUGCUUACGCCCCCUCGGCUCAGCAACAGCAGCCCGAGGCCUUCACGGAUACUAGGCAAACUGCUUCAAACGCGGCUUCGUCGUAUUCGUACAACGCUUCACAAGAUUCUCAAACAGAUGUGUCAGCAGCUCUGUACCAGCAGCUUAUUGGCAGUCUUUCACAAACGUCUGCGCAAAGCCCGCAAGCGGGUGCAGCUGCAAACGCCGGCCCGUUGCACAUUCUCAAAAGGGACCAGGGCUCGCCAGCGGCCCGUCACCUGCAUGAGCAAUCAGCGACGCGUAGCAACGAACACAGUCCCCAUGCGAGCCCCAGAGAUCAGACUCGACAGCGUGUUGACCGUGCUCCAUCUUACCAGUCCCAGCACUCUUCCCAACCCCCGACGCAUGCUUCUCCUCCAGCAGAUCUAGCCUCUGGUCAUCACAGUCAAGCUGGCAAAGAGCCCGUGUCUUCAGCUGUGAGCGAAUUGGCCAGCAAGGCUGACUUGGAUGCCCGUGAAGCCCUCGCUCGCGCUGAGCAGCAGCAAACACGCGUCGACAACGGUUCUACCCUCACACGAGUCGAGAUGCAUCCCUCUGACAACCCCGACGACUCUGCUGGCGCCCACACGGCCGAUACCAAUGUCGAUACUGGCAAAGAUCUGAAAAACGAUCUUCUCGAAACCGAAGAGUCAACGACCACUGUCCUCCCCGUCCGCAUUCUGGCUGAGGAGGAUCAAACUGUUGCCGACUCCUGGGAGAGUGCCGAUCAAGACGAGAUUGUUGUCAUUGAGGAGCCAGAGAUUCCACCCGUCAAGGUUUUCAACUUCCCGAUGAAGCCCUGGAUAGCAAUCAGUCUUCAAGAAGGUGCAACCGAACCCCGGCCACAAUUCCGCGAUGAAUCAAUCAUGGACAUCGCUCGACUCAAGAAAGAAUUCGACCAGAUCGACCGCAAUCUCUAUACAGCUUCGCAGACCUACAUGGCUUAUGGUAUGUCCAAGCAAGGUGGUCUUCGGGUCAUUCGACAGGACGACGGAAAGGACACCAAGGUUUUUACCGAUACCAAGGAUCGCAUCUUUAACGUCGGCAUGUCCGUUACACCUUCCGACUAUGACGGCCCUCAUAAAGAGGCCAUUCUCGGUACAGGUAUCAGUGGCACCGUUUACUGGGUUCAGAUUAAAGAGGGUGACAAGGAUCAUAUUGAGGACGCCCAUCUGGAGCAGUAUGGUUUUGCCCUUCCUCCCCUUUCCUCACAAGACGGCGAUGCUCCCGGCGGAACCCUCAAAACGCGUGCUAGAGCGUCGACAAGUCACCCCGAAUUUUUCGCUGUUGGCCGUGGCAAAUGCAUCAAUUUCAUCUGGCCCUCGCACAUUCUUCAGAAUAAUCUUUUCAAGCCUGGCCAUGACCGCGUUGCCGACACUGAAAAACUGUUCAACGAAUGCUCUCUCAAGAUCAACACUGGCAAGGCGGGCAAAGACUUCACCUUUAGUCAAGACGACACUGUAGUCGUUUCCCUGGAUAAGUCUGGGCGGGUCAAGUUCUGGGAUGUUCGUGACCUUACCGCAGCCAAGGAAGGAUCUACUGGUCGCUCUGCUCUCCCUGCCCACACUGUCAUGGAGGUCAAAGAGCCCCUGAUGACCCUCGCUAGCACGCCGGAAGGCGAAAAAGCCUGGCCUACAUCGGUUCUAUUGCUGGAUAAGCUUCGACCUUAUCAGAGGAGGUGUGCCCUUCGCUACAUGAUAGUUGGUAUGAAACAAAACCACACUCUGCAGCUUUGGGAUCUCGCUCUGGGCAAGCCCGUCCAGGAAUUCAACCUUCCACACAGCAAUGAGUCGGAUGCUGUGUGCAGCGUCAUGUACCACCCUGCCAGCGGCAUGAUUGUCAUUGGUCACCCAACGAGAAAUUCAAUCUACUUUGCGCAUCUGUCGGCACCGAAGUACAACCUCAAGAGCGUUUCUCAGGCCGACUACAUUCAGCGACUGGUCAGCCAGGACUCCUCCAUCUCGCAGCCGGAUAGUACCGCUGUGAUCUCUGGAGUCCGGGAAUACUCCUUUGCCAACCGUGGUAUUCUGAGGAGUCUGGAUAUUCUGUGCAACCCUGCCAUGGUACAAGACGCUGAGGAGCCCACUCUCUUCGAGCUCUAUGCUAUGCAUUCAAAGGGCGUGGCUUGUAUGCUAAUCAAGCAGCAUGAGCUGGGAUGGUCUAAGGACAAUAAAGUCCUGCAAGCGAUUGAUGCCGUUGCGGAGGGCGUCGUCAGCGUUUCCAAAUUGAAGACACCACAGACGACCGACAAUCACACCCCUGAAGGCCGCCCUGGCAACCGCAGCUCCGCCAAGGAAGGAAAUGCCUCUUUGUCAUCAAGCCACAUUGAACUUACCCAACGGCCGCCCGACUCAAACACAACGGCCAAGGCUCGCAAUGAAGGCAAAGACAACGAUGCUGCUGCUCAAUCCGCCAAGGAGAGUCAGCCAGAGAGGCCGGAGAAGAAGUCUAGAAAAAAGAAAUCCGCCGCCUCCAAGGAAGCGGAAUCCUCAUCACAUGGGUCGUCUACAGCUCAUCGCGAUGGGCAGCCAGACAAGAAUGACAACAGCAAAGGCGUUAACGGCAUUUCGGCCGACAUCAUGGAGAAUGCCAUUGCCAGCAUGGAGGCUCGUCUGUCUACUCAGUUGUCGGACAUGCUGAAAACUUCACUGAGAAAUCUGCAAAGCAAGAUUGACGAAGGCGCUUGCGUCAGGGACGCGAGCUUCAACCAACAUCAGCUGAAGCUCCUUGAUAUGGUCUCCGAAGUGCUCAACGACAACACUCAAAAGGUGCUCGAGUCUCUUAUUCACAGACAAUUCACUGAGUUGGUCAUUCCCGCCAUUGGUGAAAAGACGAGCAAGAGCGUUACGGACCUCCUCAGCAACCGGUUGCAGCCGAGCGUUGUGUCGACCGUGCAAAAGGAGGUGCAGUCUGCCAUCCCCCAGGCACUAACUCAGGUACUGCGGUCUGGGGAGCUCGCUAACUUGGUCGCUGAACGAGUCAGCCCAGCAGUGUCAUCGGCCGUGCAGCGCGACAUGGCCGCCAAUCUGACGCAGCGCCUUGCACCUACAUUGACUUCUGUUGCGACGCAGUCAGCUCAGCGCGUCGGUAGCGAUCUUCAGCAGAAGUAUCAUGAGCAAUUUGAACAACUCAAGGCCCAGCACAUAUCAGAUUCAAGCAAGAUCGACCAGCUCAUGACCCAGGUCCGCCAGCUGACGGACAUUAUGUCAAACAUGGUAUCCGCACAGGCCCUGAUGCAGUCUGAGCUGUAUAAACUAAAGCAGCAACCCGUCCAUGAGCUGCCCGGCGUGUCCGGCAUUCAGGAUCACCAUAUUCCCAGCGCAGUUGCAUCGCAUGGCUAUGGCAGCGCCAACACGGUCAAUACAGGCAGCCACCCGCCGAGCUUUGCACCGAGCCAGGCUGCGAGCAAUACGCAGCCAUACAUGGGCAGCCCACAGUACAUGCGUGCACCGCAGCAUGUACGAAGCCCGCAUGGCUCGAGCGGCCCUUCUGACCACGUUGGUCCGGCCACCAACGUCAACGCCCUGGUCGGCGCCUAUGCUCAUCAAAUGAGCAAGAAUGAUGUUGAAGCUGACAAUGAUCUCACUCAACGCAUUCAGCGUGUUGAGCAAGCCAUGAACGAGGGCCGAGUGCAGGAAGCCAUCAUUCAAUGGGUGCAGAGCGGCAAGGAAGGCGACAUUUUUAGACGGAGCCUGAGCAGGUACCCCGCUACCAAAAUUGCCAAUCUACCGCCACUCAUGUUGUUGGUCGUGAUUGCGACUAUUUCGAAAGAUCUCAAGCCGAACCCUCGACUCAAGGAGGAAAUUGAAUGGAUUGAAAUGGCGGUCAAUGCUUUUGCUGAGAGCAUGCCCACUCAUGACUGGGAGAAGCAAGGCGCUCGUGACGUGAUCAGAAGCGCGUCUCAGACGAUGCAGCUGCUCGUGAAUCACAUUCACCCACUGAUUGCAAACAUUUCGGAUGGCUUCCCGACAGACCCAUUCCUGAUGACCCUCGACAGAGGCAAGCUUGACUGGAUCAUUCGGACAUCGGAGCACAUUCUGAACUCUUACGAAGGUCCACGACAUUACGAGUAG